CGCCUUCCCUCAGUGACGCGCUUCCGCCAAGAUGGUCGUCGGCGCUUUUCCCAUCGCAAAGCUGCUCUAUCUGGGCGUCCGUCAGCUCAGCAAACCGGUGGCCAACAGGAUUAAAGCAGGAGCGCGGAGAAGUGAAUUCUUUAAGAAUUACAUAUGUCUUCCUCCCGCACAGAUGUACCACUGGAUUGAGAUGAAAACGAAGAUGAGGAUAAUGGGCUUCCGUGGCGCUGCUAUCAAACCCCUUAACGAGGACGCGGCUGCAGAACUGGGAGCCGAGCUGCUCGGCGAGGCCAUCGUUUUCCUUGUCGGCGGUGGCUGUCUUGUACUUGAGUACAGCAGACAGGCAGCGAACAGCAGGAGAAAGGAGGAGGAACUGACCCUCACUAUCAACAAUCUGCAGACACAACUUGGAGAACUGGUCUUAGUCACAGAAACUCUAGACGCUCAGUUCCGUGAGAACAACAGGCUUCUCCAGUCCUUGUCUGUGCCUAGCAGCAAAUAACAAGACAUAUGAAUGCGUGGUGCUGAGUGGAACAACUGGACUAAACCUGCAUUGAAAUAUGCGUAUAAAAUACUGCAAUGCAAUGAGGCACCACUAUGUGUGUGUGUAUAUAUAUAUAUAUAUAUAUAUAUAUAUAUAUAAUGACACUUCUAAAAACACAGAUUUUGGUUAAGUACUUGUGCUUGUUUUGCAGCUUGCUUCGAUGAUGCAUAUGUGGGGAGCAACAUUUUUAUUUAUUGUCACAGUUUAAACUGUUAUCUAAUCACAACCUGUAGGACCAUUUCAUAUUUCCAUGUAAAAUUUUGCAGCUUAAUUUAAAACCCAAUUUAACAUGAAAAUAGUUUGCUCCGAUGCCUGUAGCUUGGGUAAGCUCUGUCACAAGGAAUGACUGGAUUUCUAUAAAUCAGGAUUUGUUUGCUUACUUUCUUUUUGUUCGUUUUUUCAAGAUUUAUCACCUGUACCUCAGAACAUUGAGAGAACAGAAAUUUCCACAUUGCAUGUGGUUAUUUUAAAUGUUUUGUGCAUUUGCUUCAGUUUCAAGCUCUAAAACACAGAUUUUCACUCAUUUCACUACUGGUUGUGUUUAAGAAAUGCAAAACAGAGCUACCAGCAGACCUUGGUUAAUUGAAUUCAUUAUAAUUUUGAUAGAUCAAACUCACCAGCUUUGUGAUUUCAAGCCCCAUGCCUGUGCACUCAUUGUGUUCUGUCUUGAAAGAUAUCUGAAAUGAUGUGGGCAUAGAGAUGUAUAUGAAUUAUUGUAAAAUACAACAACAAAUAAUAGCUUUAACCUUGUUUUUGUAUCGUUCUUGUGAUCACAUAAAAAGUGUUCGAACA